UAUGAGGAGGCAUCUCAUUGGUCUGUAGAGUUGUGGUUUCUGUUUCAUUUUCAGCCCUCAAAGUUUCGUUUCUCUAGCUCGGAGUCGAAAAUAUCUGGAAGUUCUGGUUUGACACCUGAGCAGAAGAGUGAGGAGUCAGGAAAGUCAGACACAGGAUCACAGCAACUAUGGCUUCAGAGUUCGUGAUGAAUUUAAAGGAGGAGGUGACCUGUCCUAUCUGUCUGGAGCUAAUGGUGCAACCCGUGAGUGCAGAUUGUGGUCACAGCUUCUGCCAAGCCUGCAUCACACUGAACUAUCAAUCCAGCAAAUGCAAUAAGGAAGAGUUCGUUUGCCCUGUUUGCCGAGUUAGUUACCUGUUUAAGAAUCUGAGGCCUAAUCGACAUGUGGCCAACAUAGUAGAGAGGCUCAAAGAGUUCAAGUCCAGCCCAGAAGAGGAGCAGAAGGUGUUUAACUGUGCAAAGCAUGGAGAGAAACUCCAGCUCUUCUGUAAGGAGGACACGAUGGCCAUCUGCUGGCUCUGUGAGCGAUCUCAGGAGCACCGUGGACACCAGACAGCUCUCAUUGAAGAGGUGGCCCAGGAGUACAAGGAGAAGCUGCAGGCAGCUCUGCAGAAGCUAAUGACAGACAAGAAAGAAUUUGAGAACUGGAAAGAUGACCUUCAAAAGGAGAGAACUUACUGGGAGAAUCAAAUACACAAAGAAGUGGAAAAUGUUCAGUCAGAGUUUAAACGAAUGAGAGAUAUCAUGGACUCUGAGGAGAAGAAUGAAUUGCAGAAGCUGAUGCAAGAGAAGGAAGACAUUAUCAACAGCCUGGUAGAGUCUGAAAAUGAGCAUGCUCAGCAGAGCAAGUUGCUAAGAGACCUCAUCUUAGAUGUGGAACAUCAGCUACAGUGCUCAGCCACAGAAAUGCUGCAGGGCGUGGACAGCAUCAUAAAACGGAGCCAUAAUUUUCUGAUGAGGAAGACCAAAACCAUCCCCAGGGAACAAAGAAGAGUGUUCCGAGCCCCUGAUCUGCAAGGCAUGCUGCAAGUGUUGCAAGAGGUCACUGAGGCCCAACGCUACUGGGUUCAAGUGACGCUGGUUCAAAACAACAAUCCAAACAUUGCCAUUACUGCCGACAAAAGACAAAUACGAUAUGAAGACCACCAAGCAAGAAAUUUUACACAUGAGCAUGAAAACUGUCAUGAAGGCGUCCUGGGAUACCCAGCUAUCCAAUCAGGAAAACAUUACUGGGAAGUUGAUGUGUCUGGAAAAGGUGCUUGGGUUCUAGGAUUAAGUGAUGGAAGCUACCUCUUCAAUCCAAUAUUUCGUUCAAAUGCUGAACGACAGCUCGAUCCUUUACUUCGUUUGGGUAUUAGAAAUGAUUCACAUUAUCAACCUAAAUAUGGCUUCUGGGUUAUCGGUCUUUGGAAAAAGUCUGUGUAUAAUGCUUUUGAGGAGUGUACUUUCACAGGCAAGCCCAGUGUCUUGACCCUGUCUCUGAUGGUCCCACCCUGUCGUGUUGGUGUUUUCCUUGACUAUGCAGGUUGCACUCUCUCAUUUUACAAUAUUUCCAACCAUGGGACUCUUAUCUACAGAUUCUGUGUAAAUUCCUUUCCUGAUAGGGUUUUUCCAUAUUUUAAUCCCAUGGGAAGUUCAGAGCCAAUGACAAUAUGCUGGCCAGACUCUUAACCUGCACCUGUUACUGUGCAGGGUCUCUGACUCUGGAGUGUAUGUCCUAUGUCAUACACCUUAGCUCAUCAGUACCAUUUUACUUUUUUUCCCGUCUCUAGUCUUUCUGUGUGAAUGUCUUUUAUUGGUAAAUAAGAUAUAUACAUUUCUCUAGGCCAUAUUCUUC